AGAAAUGAUGAAGAUGGCGGCACUCGCGGCGCUCGGUAGUUUUAGGGCGCUGAGCUCUUGCAGGCGGAGCAGCUGUUCUCUUGCUAUCUGGCAGUUAAUGAGAAGUCCAUUCUGUGCCAUGAAAAACAGAGCUUGUAUGUCAAGGAUAAGAACACAGUGGAUAGCAUCCUCUGCCUCUGGAGAAACCCAAACUUAUUCUAGUAAUGGGCAGAUCUAUCUCAGUGAGAGCUGUGUGAAGAGGCUGUUGGAGAUUGCAGAAGGCUCUGAGUUUCUCAGGCUGCAGGUAGAAGGAGGUGGUUGUUCAGGUUUCCAAUACAAAUUUUCCUUGGAUACAGUUGUCAAUUCUGAUGACAGAGUUUUUGAGAAAGGCGGUGCCAGAGUGAUUGUGGACUUGGACAGCUUAAGCUUUGUGAAAGGAGCAAUGGUGGACUUCAACCAGGAGCUAAUUCGCAGCUCGUUCCAAGUAGUGAACAAUCCACAGGCAGAACAAGGUUGUUCUUGUGGAUCAUCUUUCUCAGUUAAACUCUGAUCGAACUAUUCCAGGUGGAUUGAAUGAUGAAGAAAAGUUCCUUUUAUUGUUAUUUUUCCUGUUCUCCAAUUCAGCGGAAUAACUGGUUUAGUCUGUGAUACUGCAUGAUGAAAGAAAGUAUCUUAGCCAAGACUUAGUCAAGAACUGAUUUAUCCAAGCCUGAAUGUAAAAUGAAUUAAUCUCAUUUGGUAUCUGUGAGUCUUUGCUUUAGAGGACAGAUCUAAGCAAUCAGCUUCUGCUGUGAUGCCAUGAACUAUUUAUUUAUUAAAAUAUUUUCUGAUUUUUUAAUUUUA